AUGAGUAUAUAUAAUGACGAUGAAUUGGUAGCUCCUUCAUGGAUCAAUAAAGAGUUUUUACACAAAGUUUUAUCGGAAUACGAACAUGAUGAUGAUAUUGAGAUCGUGGAAUUUGAUAUGAGUCCUGCUAGUUUAAAGGGGGAUCAUUAUGCUAGUAUUAUGUUUCGUUGUAAAGUAACGUAUAAAUUUUGCAAGACAUCGAGUGUAAUGAAGAGAUCAAUGAUUAUUAAAACUUUGCCCGUUGAGGAGAAUAUGAAGCGGGAAAUAUUAAUGCAAUCUAGAUUAUUUGAAACCGAAAUUGAUAUGUAUAGCAGAACACUGCCGAAAAUAGAGAAAAUUUUAGCCGAUUGUGGAGAGCCAACCAGAUUAUCAGCAGAAAUCAUUUAUCACUCUCUCGAACCACACAAAGUCAUCAUACUCGAAGAUCUGUGUGAAGCUGGUUACGAUACUGUGCGCGGUCGUUUCCUAAGUGAGGAUGAAAUCAAAGCUGUUUAUCGUAAGAUAGCCAAAUUCCAUGCCGUCAGCUAUAUGUUGGGUCACAGUGAAAACGAACACGAUCGCGAAGAGGUCACAAAAUAUCAAGAUGGUAUAUUUAGCACAUCAAUGGCUAUGCAAAAUGAUUUAAUGGCUAAUGGUAUAAAGUUCUUCCUUGAUAUGUUAUCGCAACAUGAGGAAUUCAAAGUUUACUAUGACAAAGUUAAAGCUAUGCAGCCGAAAUUGGCUAAAACUUGUAAAGAAUUAUAUACGGCCUAUAAAAAUAAUAGCACUAAUCUGAACUGUGAUAAGGGCGAUAUAUACGUUUUGAAUCAUGGUGAUUUUCACAUGAAAAAUCUAAUGUUUAAGUUUAGCAAGAAAAAUCAUAUGGAAGAUUUAAUAAUGGUGGACUAUCAGAUCAGCUGUUAUGCCCCCUCAAAUAUCGAUAUAAUUUAUUCGCAAUAUAUGAUGUUAAGUUCGGAACUGCGUUUGAAACGUCACGAACUAAGUCAGUAUUAUUUUGAAGAAUUCUUAAAAAUGUUAAAGAAAAUCGGUUAUCGCGGAGAAAUGCCAUUAUUUUCGAAUUUCCAAAUAUCGGGUAUUAAAUAUAGGCAUUUUGCCAUUUUCCUUUUAUCAACCUUUUUGCCAAUGGUGGUGGGUCUUUUGGGUAAAUCCAUGGAUGAGUUGAAGGACACUGAUACAAAACAAAUUUUCGAGAAUCCCAAUGCAAUAUCCAUGGUUUAUCAUACACCGGCUUUUAUAAAUGAAAUACGUCAAUUUAUGCCAAUUUUAUUAAAUGAAGGUUAUUUAGAUUAAGUUUUGUUUUAAUAAAGUUGUUUAAUAUCGA